UCAUGACCAGUGAGCACAAGCCUCCAAACAAAACACUGAGCGGCCUUUGAUCACCCACAAAGUUUACAGUAUGCAACCGGACACAACAUCUGAGUCGCCGGGAUCUGACGUCACAAGCACGGUCUUCAAGGAUACCGAGCUCACCUUGGGAUUACCAGGAGAGGCUCGUUUCUCCGGAGGAAAGACGUGCUCGAAACGUGGAUUCAUCGAGACGUCCAUGGAUCUUAACCUGGGGGACUCAUCAUCAUCAAGCCAUACGCGUGGUAAAAUUCUUGCUGGCCAAGAUUUCAGCUCGGAAAGUCUUGUCUCCGGCGCCGGGAAACCCUCAGCUGCUAAGAGACAAGAAGUGGUUGGGUGGCCACCGGUGAGAUCGUUGAGAAAGAGGGCGUUGGAGGGCUGCAAAUACGUGAAAGUGGCCGUAGAUGGAGCACCAUACUUGCGUAAAGUGGACCUGGAGAUUUACAAUAGCUACCAGGAGUUAUUGAGGGCCUUAGAGCAGUUGUUCAUGACUUGCUUCGCCAUCCACGGUAAUUAUGUGGGCGAGGGGGAGAGGAAGGUUAUGGAUCCAAUGAAGGAAAUGGAGUAUGUGCCUACUUAUGAAGACAAGGAUGGUGACUGGAUGCUAGUUGGCGACGUUCCUUGGAAAAUGUUCAUAGAAUCGUGCAAGCGUAUUCGCUUGAUGAAAAGCUCAGAGGCUGUUGGGACGCUUGCUCCUAGAACUCAUCCAAGAUCAUGCACGUAUAAUGAAGUAGCAGCUGAUCAACAAUUGAAGGCCAGGUAGAAACCAAGCGAUCGAUCGAGUCCUUGAAUGAUGGUAGAUUCUAAUUGUAUAGAUGAUCUAGAUCAUAAAAUCCAAUAUCCCCAUUUUCCUUUGUUAAUUGGGAGAUCAUCAUAAGUAGUGCUUUAAGAUGAGUAGAUUAAUAAGAGAGAAGAUUUGAUCUUGUACUAGUUUUUCCGUAAUUUGAUUUCGUGUAAUAUACCUUUGUCUGUCUUAUAUAAAAGAGCACGUACGUACGUGCAGGAUAUGGUACUA